GUCCCGCCCAGAGCAAAGGGGGCUGAGUCCAGACAGUUUAGUUCAGUGCUCACUGUCUUUCCCUCCAACUCAGACUCCACUCUGGUGCAAGCGACAUGUCCGAGGAGGGGAAGGACGUUUUUCUCAGAGCCCGGGGCAGGACGCUGGACGCUUUCCCUGAAGAAGAAGAGCUUCAGUGGAAAUCCCCUUUCUACUUCAUCCAAGGAGCAGACCCACAAUUUGGACUGAUGAAAGCCUGGGCAAUUGGUGACUGUAGUAAUGAUGGUGAUGAAUGGGAAGAGGAGAUGAGAUUAACUGACCAAGCCGUGCAAGCCAUUAACAGGCUCAACCCCAAGCCUAAAUUCUUUGUUCUGUGUGGUGACCUCAUUCAUGCUAUGCCUGGAACUCUGUGGAGAGCAAAUCAAACAAAGGAUUUAAAGAAAGUUCUUAAGGACAUCAAUAAAGAAAUCCCAUUGGUAUUUGUCAGUGGAAACCACGACAUUGGUAAUGUUCCUACAUCAGAAGCUGUAGAUGAGUAUUGCCAUACUUGGGGAGAUGACUAUUUCAGCUUCUGGGUUGGAGGAGUGCUUUUUCUUGUCCUGAAUUCACAAUUAUAUGUUGAUUCUUCUAAGUGCCCCAACUUGAAAAAGGCCCAAGACCAAUGGCUUGACACUCAACUAGCAAUGGCGAAACAGAAGAUGUGUAAACAUGCUGUUGUAUUCCAGCACAUCCCUCUUUUCCUCAAAACUGCCGAUGAAGAAGAUAAUUACUUCAACAUAAGUAAGCCAGUACGCCAAGAGUUAAUGAGAAAGUUCGUCAAUGCAGGCAUUAAAGCUGUAUUCUCUGGACAUUACCAUAGGAAUGCUGGUGGAUUUUGCAAUGACCUCGACAUGGUGGUGUCAUCUGCGAUAGGCUGCCAAUUAGGCGAAGAUACCCACGGACUUCGUGUUGUGGUGGUCACAGCUGAGAAAAUUAUUCAUCGCUACUAUAGCUUAAAUCAACUAAGUAAUGAAGGAAUAGAGAAAGAUCUGAUGGAUUUGAUUAAGCAAGAGUAACAAUUUUUCUUUAAGUGCCACUCAUUUUUCACUUAUAUCUUUUGAUUUUUCAUUGAACAGCAUUUCCAAGAAAUGCUUCACUGAAACACAAUAGCAGAGCCUUGAAGAUUUGUGAUUUGGCUAUACUCAUACAUAAAAUUUAGCUUUGUUCUCUUCUAAAUAACCAAAUGAAAGGCUUCCCCUGCUUUAUGGAAGAGAAUUCAGUGAAUGAUAAUUAUAAUUAGAAUCUGUCUUGCUUUGCUGUUCCUAAGGGUGUGUUUCUUGACUCUUUUAUGGUAGCAGAUUGUCAAUGAUUCCCCAUUCUCCUUGAUUCCAGUCAGAUUCAGGUCUAAUCCUUAAGAACACCUCAAACUACAGUUGUGACUCUCAAGAUGUCAACGGUAAUAAAGAAGUGUUUUAUUCUUUUAGAA